GGAUGACUGAAUUCAUGCUCGGGACAUAAUUCAAGAUCCCGAUAUUCCAAAAGACCUUUGUUAUCAACAGGCCCGCCCAUCUAGGUGGUAGAAACUUAAUGCAAAGUCAAGUUAUCAAGUCAAAGACAGCAGUCACAGAUUCUUGCACUACACCUAUCUUCGCCAUUGACCCACAAUGGCCCUUGAAAAAGUAAUAGUCGUCGGUGCCGGCCCCUCCGGCCUCCUCUUGACCCUCCUCCUCUCGCGGGCCUCCAUCCCCGUCGAGCUCAUCGAACAGACCGAAGGCCUCGACACCAACCCCCGCGCCAGCCACUACAGCCCCGAGUCCUGCCACGAAUUCGACCGUGCUGGUAUCCUCGACGAAGUCCGAGAAGCAGGAUUCAUCCCUGACGGAGUAUCAUGGCGAAGACUGGAAGGCGAGGACAAGAGUCGACUCAUCAAAAUCACCAACCCGGCCCUCAAACCCGGGGAUGACCCGGAAUCAGCCGCCUUCAGACAUCGCAUGGUCUGCCUUCCGUUGCACAAACUGGGGAAAAUAUUGGAGACACAUGUGAAGAGUCAAGGCACAGCUGAGAUCAAAUAUGGUCGGAAGGUUGUCGAGAUUGGCGAGGAUGCUGACAAAGGCAAGGCUUGGGUCAAGGUUGAAAAGGCCGAUGGGAGCACCGAGAUACGAGAGGCAGAUUACGUUGUUGGCUGUGAUGGCGCGAAUAGCAUCAUUCGGCGGAAAUUGUUUGGUGACUGGGUGUAUCCAGGGUAUACCUGGGACAAGCAGAUUGUUGCGACAAACAUCUAUUAUGAUGGGUUCAAAGACGUUGACUUUGAUGACAGUCAGUUCUUUGUGCAUCCUGAACAUUGGCACAUGGUUGCAAGGAUACAGCCUGAUGGGCUUUACCGCGUAACUUAUGGCGAGAUCGGUGGACUCACCUAUGACCAACUCAAGGAGAGACAACCAGCCAAAUUUCAAGCAAUCCUACCCGGCAAUCCAACCCCUGACAAAUAUGGGCUUGUCAACUUCAGUCCGUACAAAGUCCAUCAGCGAUGUGUUGACAGGAUGAGAGUUGGACGCUUCUUGCUUGCGGCUGACGCAGCCCAUCUUUGCAAUCCAUUUGGAGGCAUGGGUUUGACUGGAGGUAUCGCAGAUGUUGGCAGUUUGUAUGACUCCCUUCGCGGCAUUGACAACAACAAAGCAGAUGACUCUAUUCUCGACAAAUACGAUGAAGUAAGACGGAGGAUCUGGCACGAAGUGAUUGAUCCUAUUUCUACGGAAAACAUGCAACGUCUCUUCCAGUACCAAAACGCGGAUGAGUUUGUCGACAAGGAUCCGUUGUACAAGCUGGUGAGGGAGAUGCAGAAUCCCGACAAGAAGCUUGAGAAGGGCGGCCCUCCAAAUGCAAGUGUCACGGUUUCCCAGCGGUGGUUGUGGUCAUGAGUCACUGACAUGGUCGAAACAGCCCGGACUGCCACCACUGACGUACGACAUGACACAACAUUAUGUUGCAUAAUCCCGUUGUUACUGUCGACUGAGAUUUUCUCAGCCACUUACGAGUUGCUGGAAUUGGGGUUUCGAUGUCUUGGAAACUCCCCCGAAAGACCCGCUACUGGAAUGCAAAUGCCUUUUAGCCGGACGGAGGGAAUUCCAGAAAACUGGUAAAUACUAGCCACCGUUCUGGGAAGGUCGGAGGUUAAAGCUACGCCAAGUCUUGACGGCUGGUUGCAUAGCAAUGGGUGAAUCCUGAUAUGUAACUGUACCGGG